AUGUCCUUUCUCCUGCGCCGGCGUGUUCAGCCUCGUAAUAUUUCUAGGCUAUUUACAGCGGGCCGUAGGAAUCUCUCGUUGGCCCGCUUCGAUUGGGAGGAUCCAGUUUCUUCCAAGAGUUUGCUCACCUCGGAAGAACUCGACAUUCAGGAGACUGCUCGAGCAUACUGCCAAGAGCGCCUACUACCUCGAGUCCUCGGCAAAAGUGAGAAUUAUGACCGAAACAUUCUCCGGGAAAUGGGAGAACUAGGCCUUCUUGGAGCCACAAUAUCGACCCAUGGGUGCGCGGGCGUUAGCAGUGUGGCUUCAGGUCUCAUCACAAAGGAAGUUGAACGCGUCGACUCAGGCUACAGAUCCGGCAUGUCUGUCCAGAGCUCUCUUGUCAUGGGUCCAAUUGCCGAACACGGCACAGAAGAGCAAAAGGACCGCUUUCUACCCCCGUUAGGUCAAGGAACCUUGAUUGGAUGCUUUGGUCUGACAGAGCCAAAUCACGGCUCUGACCCUGGGUCUAUGGAGACUAUCGCCCGUGUACACCCAACAAAGAAAGGAUACUACUCACUCUCUGGUGCAAAGACUUGGAUUACCAACUCUCCCAUAGCGGACCUGCUUCUGGUCUGGGCUAAACUAGAGACUACGGGCAAAAUCCGUGGCUUUCUCAUAGAACGAAACCAAUGCCCUCCUGGAACUCUUGAAACGCCUGCUCUCAAAGAGAAGAACGGCCUGAGAGCAUCUAUUACCGGUAUGAUCCAGCUCGAUGGCUGCCCAGUACCUGAAGAAAAUAUGCUCCAGGUGGAGGGCCUCAAGGGGCCGUUCAGCUGUCUCAACUCGGCCCGAUAUGGUAUCGCCUUUGGUACAAUGGGAGCUCUGGAGGACUGUAUUGACCGUGCGAGGACAUAUGCACUGGACAGAAAGCAGUUCAGUAACCCACUCGCAAAGUAUCAGCUUGUGCAAAAGAAGCUCAGUGACGCUCUCACAGACGCUGCUUAUGGUACUCUGGCGGCUAUUCAAGUGGGAAGACUCAAGGAUGAGGGCACCUUGGCGCCUGAGAUGAUCUCGAUGAUCAAGAGACAGAACUGUGAUCGGGCGUUGGCAGGAGCUCGCACAGCAGGACGCCACGUCGCAAAUCUCUUCGUAGUUCAGACCUAUGAAGGGCAGUCUGAUAUACACUCUAUGAUUGUUGGGAAGGGGAUCACAGGGUUGCAGGCCUUCUACUAG